GGAAACCGGCUUUGCUCCGCCCCCGGAGCUGGGCGGUGACCUGUAGGCGGCAGCGCGCCCUGGGCGCUCUCGCAUAGGGCGCAGCGCUGGAAGCGCGGAUCCCCGUGAGCUCGCGGAGGUAGAAGGCCGGCGGCGACAUGAGCUCUGUGCCAGCGUUCCUGAGCGCGGCAGAUGUGCAGGACCACCUCCGCAGCUCCAGCCUACUCAUCCCGCCUCUGGAGGCGGCUCUGGCCAACUUCUCCAGCGGCCCCGACGGAGGGGUCAUGCAGCCGGUGCGCACCGUGGUGCCCGUGGCCAAGCACAGGGGUUUCCUGGGGGUCAUGCCCGCCUACAGUGCAGCAGAGGACGCCCUGACCACCAAGUUGGUCACCUUCUAUGAGGGCCACAGCACCACCUCCACUGUCCCCUCCCAUCAGGCCACUGUGCUUCUCUUCCAGCCGAGCGAUGGCUCCCUUCUGGCGGUCAUGGAUGGAAAUGUCAUAACUGCAAAGAGAACAGCUGCCGUGUCUGCCAUCGCCACCAAGUUUUUGAAACCCCCCAGCAGUGAAGUGUUGUGUAUCCUUGGAGCUGGCGUCCAGGCUUAUAGCCAUUAUGAGGUCUUCACAGAGCAGUUCUCCUUUAAGGAGGUGAGGAUAUGGAACCGCACCAAAGAAAAUGCAGAGAAGUUUGCGAACACAGUGCAAGGAGAGGUACGGGUCUGUUCAUCGGUUCAGGAGGCUGUGACAGGGGCAGAUGUGAUCACCACAGUCACCAUGGCAACAGAGCCCAUUUUGUUUGGUGAAUGGGUGAAGCCCGGGGCUCACAUCAAUGCCAUCGGCGCCAGCAGACCAGACUGGAGAGAGCUGGAUGAUGAGCUCAUGACACAGGCUGUGCUGUAUGUGGAUUCCCAGGAGGCCGCCCUGAAAGAGUCUGGAGAUGUCCUCUUGUCAGGGGCCAAGAUCUUCGCUGAGCUGGGAGAAGUGGUAAAGGGAGUGAAACCAGCCCACUGUGAGAAGACUACGGUGUUCAAGUCUUUGGGAAUGGCGGUGGAAGACAUGGUUGCAGCCAAACUUGUGUACGAUUCCUGGUCAUCUGGUAAAUAAAACGAAGGAACUUUGUGUUGAAUGGAUGCUACAGCUCAAGGGGUAUUAAACUAGUUGUCUCAUAAUCUCUAGAUUAAAUGAGGGAGCCCAGUACCCAGUGAUCUAUAGUUUUGUGCUUAUCCUGUCUUAGCUUAAAUAAUGAGAUCCCCUUUUGUGUUUGUAGUUAGAAAGCAAAACUAAGUGGCCAUUCUCUGCUAUGCCAGAUUAUACUAGCACUCCCUUUCCCCUGUAUUUCACUGCCUUUUGUAAUUCCUUGAAAUAAAGCUUUUUCCAAUUCUGCAGUU